GUAUUUAUAAGUGCCCAUUACUUCGUAGACCAAUUCGAAUAAUUCAAGAGCAAGAAUAUCCUACUCUACUAAUCAUCAACGAAUAUGGCCGACAAUAAGCCCACGCUCCACCACUUAGAGGACUCUCAAUCUCAUCUAAUACUAUGGCUACUCGAGGAAAUGGGCAUCGAGUACAACCUCGUACUCCAUAACCGCGUAAACAAGCGCUCGCCUCCCGCCUUACACGCGCUCCACCCCCUCGGCAAAUCGCCAACGCUAGUCACGCCCUCGGGCCGUCUGAUCACGGAGCGCAGCGCCAUCGCCCUUUGGCUCAUCAACACGUACGACGCAGGCGCGCCGUUCCGACUACCCCCGCCCCCGGCCUCGUCUCCCGAUGACGACGCCGUGCGCGAGGAGCAGUUGAUUUCUCUAGGCGGCGCCACUCUCAACCCCCUGCUGCUCCUCAAGCUAGUAUUCGGACAGCUGGUCGCGCAGACGCCUUUUUUCGUGCGCCCGUUUGUCCGCGCCAUUCGCUACUUUCUUGACCGUGCUUUCUUGGAAGCGGAGUUAGUUACGGUGUUUGGGUUUCUGGACGCGCAGCUGGAGGAUAAGAAAGACGAUGGGGAGGAUGGGAAGAGUACUACGCGCGCCUUCUUCAUGGGUACAGAGGCGCCGACGCGCACGGACUUCACGCUCAUGUGGUAUGUCGACUGGGCGUUCCAGUCGAAGUGGGUGGAUUUUGAGAAGUACCCCCGCGUCAAGGAGUGGCAUGCUAGGUGCACUAGUAGGCCGGCGUGGAAGAGGGCGCUGGAGAAGGGGAAUGGGUACGAUGUGGGUAAUUAGAGAUUACGUAUAAGGCUCUGUUGCGAGUCUGAGUAUAUGAUGGAGUUAAACGCGUGGAUGAUGAAGUUACGAAUCUCAACUCCGGCUUGGAAAGGCGUAAACUGGUGUAAAGGAAUGCUUAGUACAGGAUAUGUGUAUAGGGGUUGAAUGAGGCGGGUUUGAGCAGAACAGAUCCUCCGCUAUACUGCACAUAAAGUAAUAACUACUUGCAAUAUAACUAGUCGAUACCAAACCAAGGAUACUCCAAUAUUAGCAUCCUGUUGGAAACUUUCAGUUCAGAAAAUAUAAUGG